ACCAGAUAUCACGACCCUCAUUGUCCAUAACCGUAUGAGUCCUGUUACCCGACCCAUCUACAUGUUCUGCCUUUCAGUUGCACGGAGAUCUCGGUGGCAGAGGCAAACCACAUAAUCACAGAUCGCAUCUUCUUUCACGACUGAAAUCUGCCAGCCUCCAUAUCUCUGGACCGGACCAGAUCCCCAAGUCUGGCUGGAAUAGUCUGAGAACGGAGGGCCGAUGGCGCCCAUUGCCUUGUCCCAUGUCGAUGGCAUCUCUGACAGUGCCAGAGCCAGAGAAUUAUACAAAUACUAUCAGCCAAAUACUCCUAUCAAUGGCAGCGCCUAUUUGCCGCCACCUUCCUACUUGACCGGGGAAUUGGUGGAUGGCGAGUCCCCGGAAUUACAUGUCACAUCGAACGUCACCUCCAGCAAGAUCUCCUCUCCGGAUACAGCCCUCACAGCAUUUUGUCAAUUGGUGACGUGGCGGACAGGAGCACAAAGAGCGAUGCUAAGCGUUGUUGACCAUGCCACACAAUACUUUAUCGCAGAGAGUACAAAGACGAUCGAUUUGUUAGACAGUACCCAUCAUGCCCCUGGCGACGAUCUCUGGAUGGGAUGUAGCUCUGUCUCAGUGACUGGCAGGCUGUGUGAAAGAACCAUUCGAGCUACACCCACGAAGUCGGAAGACUACCCAUCAUUCAUCGUGAAUGAUUUGACCAAACACGAAUCCUUUAAUAAACUUCCAUUUGUGACAGGACCACCAUUUCUGAAGUUCUACGCUGGUGUUCCUCUGGUAACCAAGCGGGGAAUACCCAUUGGAAGCCUGUUUAUUGUUGACCCCGAGCCUCGAGAUGGACUCAGCAAGGAGGAUAUCCAUUUCAUGGGGAUCAUGGCUGACACGGUCAUGAGACACUUGGAGAUGGUCAGAGAGGUUGAAGAACACCGCCGGGGCAUGAAAAUGAGCCGCGGCCUAGCAUCCUUUGUUGAAGGACGUGCGGAACUUGUCGAAGCAGAAUCAGAUACUGAGAAUGAAGAGGGCACUAAGAUUGCUGGACAAUUCGAGACUGAUUCUGCGGUUGGCAGAGCCAAAUCCAAGGCAGGAUCAACGCCUGGCUCCAUCCAUUCUGGUUUUGGAUCUGCGUGUAGCAUUGAACAUAAAGAGAUUGAGUAUUCCAACGCUAUGGUCAAGGCCGAGCAGGAAAUCCUUGAUUCCCAUAAUGGCUCUCUAGUCCACAGUACACACCUGGCACCUGAUUGUGGAUUGCAACCAAAUUCCUUUACUGGGACUAACGCGAACGCUUCUUCUCUGGCCGCUGACCUUCUCGAUGACUCCACUCCAGGCGACAAAUCCGAAACUUCUACAAUGGAAAUAUUGUUUUCACGUGCAGCUAAUCUCAUUAGGGAGGCGUUUGAAGUAGAAGGCGGGUGUGUGUUCUACGAUGCGCAGAGAGGAUUCGAUUCACAAGCCAAACCGACUCGUGAAGACUGUGGGGAUGAUUUACCAUCUUCGGGUGAGAACCAUUCUGAUCACGACAAGAAGAGCUCAGGCAGACCGAAGUCUACUUCCACUGGUCUUGGGGAGGGGCUAUUCUCAAGAUCUGUUGAGGCAAAGAAGCCGGUGGAAAUCCUGGGCUUCUCUACUGCAGCCGCUUCCUCUAUAAACGGCGAUGAAUACCCAUGCCCAGGACCAGAACCUCGGGCCUUCAUCCCCUUCGAUGAGAAAUCGCUCCAUACUUUGCUUCGACGCUAUCCGCGAGGAAAACUAUGGACUUUUGACACUGAUGGUUCUGUAUCAUCUUCAUCGGAAGAGAAGUUGUCCGACUCCGGCAAGGAUCCAACCAAGCACCGCAAAGAUAUGGAUCGUCGCAGAGUAAAAAAGGACAAAUCGAAAGCUGAUGCAAAAUUUCUAGCAAGCCAUUUCCCUGGAGUUCGUCAACUACUUUUCGUCCCCCUUUGGGACUCCGGCCGCUCUCGCUGGCUUAGUGGAUGUUUUGUCUGGUCAACUGAGCCUACCCGCAUCCUAUCAAAGCAGAGUGAACUGGCCUUCCUGACCGCAUUUGGGAAUUCAGUAAUGGCCGAGUAUUCGAGGAUUGAUACGGAGAUCGCGGACCAGAAGAAGGGUGACUUCAUUGGAAGCAUUUCACAUGAGCUUAGAUCGCCGUUGCAUGGUAUCCUCGCAAGUGCAGAGUUUCUGGGCGAAGAAUCUUUGAAUGCAUUUGUGAGAGGAUUGGUUGAGACCAUUGAUAGCUGUGGUCGGACGCUGCUCGACACUAUUAAUCAUAUCCUUGAUUUCUCGAAGAUUAACCAUUUUGAAAAGACUUGGCGGAAAAAUAAACGUGGUGGAAAUCGACUGGGACCACCGACUGAAAGCGCAUUGGCCGUGCGACAGCCCGACGUCCCUAUGAUGAAUCUCUUCGCCGAGGUUGACAUUUCAGUAGUCUGUGAAGAGGUUGUUGAGAGCGUUUUUGCCGGUCAUGUUUUCCAAAAUAUGACCGCCCAGAGCUUCGACAUGGUCCCCGGUGCUCGAGGAAAGAUGUCUGAUCCGAGACGAUUUAUCCCCGAUACCACAGUCAGCCUAGCCCAUGCGAAGCAUCCAGAGGUUGCUGUAAUUCUUGAUGUUGAUAUCCAAGACUAUAACUUCACUACGCAGCCUGGAGCAGUUCGACGAGUCAUCAUGAAUUUGUUAGGUAACGCGCUGAAAUACACCUCACACGGUUAUGUGCAUGUUACAUUGCAAGCCAGUGAGAUACAAAACCGCAACACACCUGGAAGCCCCGAUCAAGCCCCACGGUCUAUGGUAACUUUGAUGGUGACGGAUACUGGAAAGGGAAUCUCUAACGACUUCCUUCGAUCGAAGCUAUUCACACCAUUUGCGCAAGAGAACUCUUUGUCUAGUGGAACUGGCCUUGGCCUUUCGAUUGUCAGAAGUAUCGUCAAUCUACUAGAAGGAGAGAUCACCAUAGAUAGCGAAGUGGGACGUGGUACUCAGGUCAAAGUAUCCCUACCCUUGUUGCGAGAGAUGCCAAAUAUUCCAGACUCAGCAGGCAGUGCAAGGUCUGCCACUUCAUUAACCCGCGAAGCUGAUGAAUCAAUCGCGACCUUACGAGCUCGAGUAGCUGGCAAGACGGUAUCACUCUACGGCUUUGAUAUCGACACCCUAGAUCCAAUCACCCGUCAGAUGGGAGAUCUGCUCAGAGACUCCAUCAAAACCUUCCUUACCAAAUGGUAUGGCUUACAACUCGUGCCGCUUGGUCAAAGAUCAAGUAUUAUCAUAGCGAACGAAACCCCUCCUACAGCUGUCUGCAAGCUUAUCCGGCAGGGUACCACCAAUGGCGAAACUCCCACUAUUCUCGUCCUUUGCUCGCACUCCUCCCGCUUCGACCGUACAAUAUCCCCUACCACAGCGAGAGGGAAUGUCGGCUCGGUCGCAAAACCAGUUGGGCCCCUCAAGCUUGCACGAGCACUACUGCAAUGCAUCGAAGGCGCACCACCCCUGACUACGCCAGGCCUCGUAGAUUCUCAAACUGUAGCAGAAAGCACCGAUCUCAGCGGAGUCUUCGAAGAGCUAUCUACCUCUCCGCACAGAGCGGAGGUGCUGGACAACAGUCGUAUGGCGGCCGGUAGCGACAAUGCGCGGAAGGCAAUCGAGUCCCCGUCUCUGAACCCGCCGACGGAGAAGGUUAAGGAGUUCCCGUUUCCAGUUGAGAAACCACCCGUCUCGGCAGCAGAGAGCAUGCCGGGUGAUAAGGAGAUCGUGCGUCCACGUAUACCGGGCGUCAUUUCGACUGCACAGGUAUCGGCGGAUAUGGGGACCUCUUCUCACACUUCUAAUACUUUUGUAGCUCCUACCCCAACAAGUCUGCCAAAACCUCGUUUGCUUUUGGUGGAUGACAAUAGGAUCAACCUGACCCUUCUCCGGACAUACAUGAGCAAGCGCAAGUAUGAGAUCAUGGACGAGGCAGAGAAUGGUCUGGAAGCCGUCAACAAAUUCCAUAACCGCGCGGACGGAUACGAUAUCAUAUUUAUGGACAUCAGCAUGCCCGUCCUGGACGGCUUCGGUGCCACCCGACAAAUUCGCGCGAUCGAAGCAUCGAGGCGGAACAUCGCUGCAAAACAGGCAUCCGAGACCAGCGCUAAUGACGCCGGUGAGGAUAAGGAGAGCAACAAAGGGGGUGAACAAAAGUCGAAACAAACUCCGGCACUAGUCAUCGCCUUGACCGGGCUGGCGAGCAGCAGAGACCAGAACGAAGCCUUAGCAUCAGGCAUCGAUCUCUUUCUCACGAAGCCCGUAGCCUUCAAGGAAGUGGGCAAGAUGCUAGACAACUGGGAAGCCAACCGGGCACAUGAUAGCCAAGGCGCAACGACACGAGAUGUAUGAUACGAUAAGCUAUUUCAAGGCGUAGACGAGAUGGGAUAAAAAUGAAUUAUGCUCGACAGCAUGGGGUGGCGUUCUGGACGGUUUGCAUGUAUAUAGGCCCAGAUCAGAUAGAUAUCUGGCAGGGUCUUGGUCUGGGAUUGGGUCUCCAUGCCGGCAGGCAUAAU